UGUGGUUAUGGUACAGGAAACCAGAGUGAUGUCACACACACACACUGCACACAGGAAGAACAUCACACACGAACACACACACACACGAACACAAAAUGCAUUUUCGUCGGGCUGAAAAGUGACAGAAAAAAUCAUCAUCAUCAUCAUACAGGAGACACCAGAAAUGGACAUGACUGAGGAGGAAACAAAGCCCCUGAUGAUGUGCGAGCGCUCGGGGAGUCAAAAGUCGAGCUGCGACGCCUUCAUUAUUGUGCACUUGUACUACAGCACAGCAUCAAAAAGUGAGAGCACGCUGUCCAUCCCUGCAGGUCGUGUGACCGCUGAGAGCAUCUGUGUACUCGCAGCUAAAAACUGUGGGAUACUCCCUGUGUUUCAUAGUUUAUUUGCUUUGGCAUCAGAAGAUAUAUCAUUCUGGUAUCCACCAACACACAUGUUUAAAAGUGACGAGAAUGUAACUGUACAUUACAGAGUGAGGUUCUUCUUCUCAGGAUGGUUUGGUCAGGGUUCCAGAGCAACGUAUCGUUAUAGUCUGAGCUCUGGGAGGAUCUGUGCUGUGAUGGAUUACAGUGUUAUUGACUAUCUCUUUGCUCAGUCCCGCAGUGAUUUCGUCUCAGGCUGUGCAGGUGUGUGUCCUCCAGUUAGUGCCAUUCAGGAGUGUAUGGGUUUAGCUGUGCUGGAUCUGUGGAGACAGGCCAAGGAGAAGAACCACAGGGUGAAGGAAGUUUGUAAGACCAUCAGCUACAAGUCAUGUCUGCCUGAGAUACACCGAAAAGAAAUUCAGAAAAUGACCCGACUAGCACGCUAUCAGAUCCAUAAGGACCUAAAACACUUCCUAAAGAAACUAGGACGCUGCUCAGCAGGAGAGAUAAGCCUGAAACUCAAGUACCUGAUGGAGCUGAGAGCUGUGGAACCUAACUAUGGCUCUGAGAUCUUCACCACAUCCUGCUCCACUGUGAGAGUCUCUGGAGAUGGAGGGAUCCAGACAUACUCCUCUGAUGGCCAGGAGUGGCAGACAUUUUGCGACUUCCCUCAAAUCACAGAAAUCAACAUUAAGCGUCUUUGCCAAGAUCAGCUUCCUGCUGAGGGACGUGUGGUGAGUCUGACCCGGCAGGAUGACAGAUGCCUGGAAGUGGAGUUUGAGACUCUGGCUCUAGCUCUGUCCUUCGUAUCGCUCAUCGACAAUUACUUCAGACUCACCACAGACUCCAGUCACUAUUUCUGCUCUGAAGUUGCUCCUCCAAGUCUACUUCAGGACAUGGACAGUCGCUGCCACGGCCCCAUCACGUCAGAAUUUGCGAUGCACAAGCUCAAAAAGGCCGGCGCUAAAAAUGGUACAUUUCUUCUUCGGCGCAGCCCCAAGGAGUUUGAUAAGUACUUCCUUGUAGUCUGCUUACAGACUCCGCUUGGUGUUGACUAUAAAGACUGCCUGAUUGAGAAGAACGAAAAGUUUCACUUGGCAGGAAUCCACAGAUCUUUUGACAGUCUGAGGCAGCUGACGGAUUUCUACAAGAGAAACACACUUAUACUGUCCGACAUUCCUGUCAAACUGACCAGCUGCUGUCCACCUCAAGCUAAAGAGCUCUCGAACCUGAUCAUCAUCAGGAACAGCAGUGUGUGUGAGACACCAAGCUCCCCAACUCAGAACAGACACAGACCCAGUCACAUCCAGUUCCACAUGAUCAAACACGAGGACUUAAUCUGGAAGGAGAGUCUGGGUCAGGGCUCAUUCACACACAUCUACAGAGGCUGUAAAGUGGACCACCGAGAUGGAGAGACUCACACCACUGAUGUUCUGCUCAAAGUUCUGGAUGUAGAGCACAAAAACAGCUGGGAGUCUUUCUUUGAAGCAGUCAGCUUCAUGAGCCAGAUUUCCCAUAAGCACUUGCUGCUGGUGUACGGCGUCAGUGUGCAUAAAUCUAAAAACAUCAUGGUUCAGGAGUUUGUGAAGUACGGAGCUCUGGAUCUUUAUCUGAAGAGAUCGAGUGUUUCACUCAGCUGGAAACUGGACGUGGUCAAGCAGCUCGCCUGCACACUCAACUUCCUGGAGGAGAAAAACAUUGUUCAUGGAAAUAUCUGUGCAAAAAACCUUCUAUUAGCACGAGAGGGAGAUCCGACCUCAGAAAACUUUCCUUUCAUUAAACUCAGUGAUCCAGGCAUCAGUGUGGCCAUGCUGGGCAAAGAAGUGGUUUUGGACAGGAUCCCAUGGGUGGCCCCAGAGGUGCUGGAGACACUGGAGUUGGGGCAGUAUUGUGAUAAGUGGAGCUUUGGCACAACGUUGUGGGAGAUUUUUAAUGGAGGUGAAAUUCCUCUGCAGCGUCUCGACCCAGAGCAAAAGCAGCGGUUUUAUGAUCAGCGCUCACAGCUGCCAUGUUUGGAGUGGGCUGAACUCGCUGACCUCAUCUCUCAGUGUAUGCAGUACCAGGCUGAGCUGAGACCUUCAUCUCGCACCAUCAUACGCCACCUGAACGGCCUCAUCACUCCCGAUUACGAGGUUCUGCAUGCCAGUGUCUCUGUGCCAGAGAGAGACAGCUUCUGGAGAGCUCUGAGCAAACAACAACAAAAUGAAGUGUAUGAGGAGAGACACCUCAAGUUCAUUUCUUCUCUGGGGAAGGGUAACUUUGGCAGGGUGGAUCUGUGUCGUUACGACCCGCUGGGUGAUAAUACAGGUGAGCUGGUGGCUGUGAAGCAGCUGCAGUCCAACAAACAGUCCAACAUGGCCGACUUCCAGAAAGAGAUUCAGACCAUCAGCUCACUGCACUGUGACUACAUCGUCAAAUACAGAGGAAUCUGCUACAGUGCAGGACGGUUGAGUAUGAGGUUGGUGAUGGAGUUCCUGCCCUUUGGUAGUUUGAUCAGCUACAUGGAGAAAAACAAACUUAUCAUCACCACACGGAGAAUGUUGUUGUUCUCCUCACAGAUCUGUAAGGGAAUGGAGUAUCUGCAGAAUCUGCAUUAUGUUCAUCGUGAUCUGGCAGCGAGGAACAUCCUGGUGUCGAGUGACACACUGGUGAAGAUCGCAGAUUUUGGCCUCACUAAGAUCGUCCCACUGAAUAAAGACUAUUACAGAGUCACACAGUCUGGAGAGAGUCCCAUCUUCUGGUACGCACCAGAAUCCUUAUCAGAGUAUAAAUUUUCCCACAAAUCAGAUGUGUGGAGUUUUGGCGUUCUUCUGCAUGAGCUGUUCUCCUACUGUGAGCUGAGCAGAAACCCGAAGCGGCUCUCACUACAUCGGAUUGGAUGUGACAUUCAAGGUGCCAUGAUGGCUGUUCAUCUCUUCAAUGCUCUCAGAGAAGACUGGAGGCUGCCAGCACCCCCCAUGUGUCCACCAAAAGUGUUCAGUAUGAUGAUGCAGUGCUGGGCCUUCAACAGUGAAGACAGACCCUCCUUCUCCUACCUACAAGACCUGAUUGAGAGCAGCCUCCAGGAAGAGAGGGAUGGAGCUAAAGGAUAAAAAGAAUGUCACAAAGAACAGAACAGUUAAAUAAACUGUGUGUAUUUUAUGAGUCGAACAUUUGUUGGUCAACUGCAGAGUUUAACUCACUGGUUCCUUCUUUAAUAGUGUCUUCUAAAUAAGUAAACAGAGGACUUCAAUGGGUUCAGUUUUCUAGCUGUUAUGUUUCCCGUCUUCAAAACUCUCCUCCUUUAUUAUUAUUAUUAUUAUUAUUAUUAUUAUUAUUAUUAUUAUUAUUAUUAUUAUUAUUAACAGCCUGAACCCUUUAUUGAAUUGAAUUGCUG